AUCAUCCGCCAUCUUCUCACAGCAGACUGUUUCUGUGUUCGGUUGUUGCGCAGUUGCAUUCAGACUUCAGUAAAUAUCAGGAUAGUUUACAGAGAAUUAAAAUCUUUCCAGCCAUGGGUACGACUGUCCCGACCUCGAGUUUUGCUCUGCUUUGUGUUUUUCUUCUCUGUGAGCCCUCACUUCAAACAGAGAAACACCAACUGUAUUACAUUUACACGGCGUUGUCUAAACCUGUCGAGCUGCCGGGCAUCUAUCAGUUCACUGCUAUGGGUCUGCUAGAUGACAGAGAGAUCGACUAUUACAAUAGCAUCGAACAGAGAAAGAUUCCCAAACAGCACUGGAUGAAGGAGAAAAUGCAGCAGGAUUACUGGGAGAAAGGCACCCAGUCCAGAAAGAGCAAAGAACAGUGGUUUAAUGUGAACGUCGACAUUCUGAUGAAACGCAUGAGACACAAUGAAUCUGAUGUUCAUGUUCUUCAGUGGAGACAUGGUUGUGAAAUUGAGAAACAGGGAGAUGAAGUAAAAUUUUCCAAAGGCAUUGAUGAGUACAGCUAUGAUGGAGAUAACUUCCUGUCUUUUGAUGAUAAGGAGUCUCAGUGGGUCGCUCCUGUUGCUGCAGCUCUUCCAACCAAGAGGAAGUGGGAUAAUGUGCCCAUCCUAAACCAGUACACCAAGGGCUACCUGGAGAAAGAGUGUGUGGACUGGCUUAACAAAUUCAGAGACUUUGGAGAUGAGGAGAUCCAAAACGGCUCUCCUCCAGAUGUUUAUGUGUCUGCAAAAAGGUACACCGGUCACAAAACCAAGCUGAAACUCACCUGUUUUGCCACUGGCUUUUACCCUAAAGAUGUGAUAUUGAGCAUCAGGAAAUAUCGCUCACCCCUGCCUGAAGAGGAGAUUGUAUCCUCAGGAGUCAGACCAAACCAUGAUGGGACCUUCCAGCUGAAGAAGAGUGUGUUUAUCCAGGAGGAUGAAAAAGCAGAAUAUGAUUGUUUUGUGUCUCACAGAACCCUCAAAGAGCCAAUUAUCAUCCCAUGGGAUGGAAAAUGCCCCGACUGUGGAGGCUCCAUGAUUAUUGGAAUUGCGAUUGGAGCUGUAGGCGUAGCAAUUGUUGUUGCAUUAGUGAUUUUUUACCUUUAUAAGACUAAAAGACUCUUUUGCCGAAAACGAGAAGUUCAAAGGAAUCUGCCAGAUUUCACAGAGAAUGGAGAUGCCAAACUGCAGCCAAUGGAGGAGCCAAUGAAGAUGUAUAAAGAUGCCAUCUAGAAGAAAAAUGCGAAGCAAGAAAAGUAAUGACUGAAGACGGAGAUGGUCAUUUUGAUUUUGUUCUUCCUUUUCCCAUCAGUAUUAACGUGUGCUUUGUUUCAUAUUAUGUGUGUAAGAGUCAGACAUAGGUUACUAAAACUGUUUGUAAUGACUGCUUUAGGCAUGCUACUUUCAGUGAUGUGUAAUUAUGCAUGUGUGAUGAGAAAGAACAUGAAAUAUGGGGGAUUUUGAACUUUUAUCAUCUUUGACCUGAAGGAAAAUGUUAAAUAUCUGGAAUAACACCUUUUCCCCUCAUAUUUCAGUAAGUUCAGGAAGUUAGGGUAGCUGUAGUCAUUCACUGUUAUAACCAAAAAGGUUUAUUCAAGUUAGGUCAAACAUUUCAGUUGAUGACAGUAUUCUUUUGUUACAACAUCAUGCAUUUGGUAAUUGCCUUUAUCCACUACAUUCAAGUUUUACACUUCACCAGUUCAUGAGACUGAUACCCAUGACACAUAGUAGAGUGUGUUUUAAGUAUGAAUUUAUCAAGUGAAUAAGCAAUAUAACAGUGUUAUAAUAUGGUUGCAAAACAAUUUUGUUGAAGAUUUGGCUUUGUUGACUGCAGACUGCUUUAUUUAAUUUUUUUUUUCUUUUCAGAAUGAAUAGCAUCCUUUCACUAAGCAGAAAUAAAGCAUGAGACACUACACAUCAUGCCAUGAGUAAAGUUAGCACUACUGACUGAAAAACUGAUUCGGUGUUACCUAAAAACUUUAUAAACAUAUAUGUAUGUAAUCAUUUAAAUGUUAAAUAUCAUUAUUGUAAAUCGAAGGUCACAUGCAUUUCAUAAUAUCCACCUGAUUUUUUUUGGUUUGCUUCUGGUGUCAUCCGCUUCCAGAAAACAGCUCAUCGUAUUAUGUUUAAUAUAUUAUCUUAAUUUGAAACACAUUGCUUUGUAGCUGCAUUCAAUAAAUAAAACCACUUCCCAUUAAAAGUUUUCUAAAUGUC